UUGAGUUUUAAUUUUGUUCAAAUUUUUUUUUGAUUGUUUACAAUUAACUCUCUUAAUGGACAUUUUUUGGAUAAUCAAACCAUUUUUUUCACUUGAUUUCAUUUUAAUCUAUUUAAUUGUUACAGUUAAAUUUUCCCAGUCAUUAGAUGAUUAUGGUGACAGUCCAGAGAUAAUUAAAUCUCGAGGAUUUAAUUGUGAAAUUCACAAGAUUGUUACAAGUGAUGGUUAUAUACUAACCAUGUUUAGGAUUGUUAACCCGUUAAUUGUUAAACAACAGCAAUUAAGAAAACCACCAAAUCGAUUGGUAAAUAAUUACAAGCCUAUUAUACUUCAAAGUGGAUUAGGUGGCUCAUCUGAUGAUUAUAUUUUCAGUUCACCUGAUGGUCAAGUUGAUGAAUCUUUGUUAAAUAAUCCAAAUGUUGACCAGUUAAUUAACUAUUACAAUGGUACUGGUCGCAAUUUAGGUUUUCUACUCGCAAAUCUUGGUUAUGAUGUUUGGUUAACUAAUUUUCGAGCUAAUUAUUACUCUCGGAAUCAUACAACUUUAGAUCCUGAUUCAACAGAGUUUUGGACAACAGGUCUUGAUGAAAUGGCCACGAUCGAUUUACCAACUACAAUUGAUUAUAUUUUGAAUUCCACUAAAAGAAAGACUGUUGGAUAUAUUGGAUUGUCUCGAGGAUGUGCUGUCAUGUUUGCUCUUUUAUCAGAGAGACUUGAAUACACGGAAAAAGUUAAACCGUUCAUCGCAAUGGCUCCAGCGGUUUUCGUUGGUCGUUGGUCAGUUAAUUUGUUUAAAGCGAUUCUUGUAAAUGUGAACAGUUUAUUACGAUAUUUGGCACGCAAGAGCCCAGUCGAGUGUUUUGGUCGAGGGUUUCCAAAGAAAAUGUAUCAAUUAUGCCACAAUUCAGAGUUUAAUCCAUUCUGUUCAAUUGGUCAACAUUAUUUAUCCUUUUUACUUGGUGAUCAUACAAAUCUAACUCGUAUGGGAAUCUAUUUGACUCACUUUCCCGCUGGGUCACCAUGUCUUGAUUAUAUUCAUUACUUUCAAAUUGGACUAAGUGGUCGAUUUCAUAAACUUGAUUAUGGUGAAAAGGAAAAUUAUCUCCGGUAUAAUCAAUCUAGUCCACCAGAUUAUCCAUUGGAAAAGAUUAGAUCAAAGGACAUUUACAUAUUCAAUUCGAAAGGAGAUAAACUCGUAACUCCAAAUAAUGUGGUGAAAUUGGUGGAUAAACUGAAAGUCAAGCCAAAAGAAUGGAAAGUAAUCAAUAGAUUGGAUUUUGACCAUUUAGACUUCAUCUUUUCAUUGGAACUUGGCGUUGAAGUUAAUCGAGAUAUAGUUCGUAUUUUGUCCUAUUAUUGACGAUUAGAUCAAGUUCGAAGUACUAACAAUCUAUAAAUAUGGUCUAUGUGAAAAAAAUCGAACCUCAAACACCAAAGAUUUCGCCAAAGUGUUCAUCAUGAUUAGUGAGCUAUUUAAGACUUUGUAAUCAAUAGAAACUGGAAAUAAAUAGUAAUCAUGAUAAACCAAUACAAUCGACAAUUUAAUUUAUUAAAUCUCUAAAUCGAUAGAUUGACAUUGAAAAGGAGAAGAAGAAAAAAUCAAUCAACAAGUUGAUUGUCUUUACAUGUUAAUCAAUUCUCAAUCGACCAACAAUUUAAUCGCUAAUCAAUAACUGUAAUCUACCAACUUUUGUUUUCCUAAUGAUUUCUAACUGUAUCAAUUGAUUUACCCUUAAUUGUUAAAGUGUUUCAAAUAACAAUUGAUUGAAUUAACCAUAUAAUCAUUUUUUUUUAAAAUAGAAUCUUUAAUUGCUCCUCACUAACAAUCAAACCUCAAGUACAUUAAACUAAUAGCAAUUAAAUUGAAUGGAAAACAGGAUAAGACAAAACAAAAACGAUUCAAUUUGUUUCUAUUGAAAAAUGGAUUUCCUAUUAAUCCAAAUAAAUCUCACCAAUAGAAAC